CAGAUUUCGAACUUUGCUUAUUUAAGGUUAUGUUUAAAAAUAUGUAAACAAAAUGUUGGGAAUAUUCUUAGAGCUCUUAGAAAAUAAUUGCCUGGGCAAACUAGAACGCUUGAGUGGGUUGGGCUACAUAGCCCAAUUAAAUUUGAGUUUGUUGUCCUCAGAAGAAUUCGAUGGGGCUGCCCGCGUAGUUUUUCAUCUUUUGGACGAAUCCUAUCGUUCAAAUGUGUGCGACCAUCUGCGUAAAUUACAUAAACGUGGCCAUUUUGGCAUGGAAAAUUAUAUUUUCCGAAUUCAUGAUGUUUGGCUUCUUGAACUGCUUAUUUUAGCUUCUCUAAAACACUCGAGGGGAUUAUUUAAAUCAAACGACAAGGAGUGGGCCGUCGACAAGGUCAGGGAGUUAGUCUUGUAUAUUAUUUCGAAGGUUUCAAUAAAGAGGCCUGAAUCAUUGCGCAUUUUAAUGGUCUUGGAGACAAUUCUUAGAAAGCGUAAAGAUGUUGCUGAUCGUCAUUGUUCUUUAGUGAUAAUGAAAUUUGCGCAUUUCUUAGCUGUCUCCCCAAUAGACCAUUUUAAGCAAUAUUCUCAUACUUUUUCAAAACUUAUUUUAAAAAACAAUCAUUUUGUAAUUGAUCUGGACAUUCUACCCAUUAGAAGUAUAGACACUGCAGAUAUUUUGCCCUAUAUGGAUAUUAAAAGUACCAACUUGAGAAUAAUUGCAAAUAAAGUGAUAAAAAUGUUUUCUAACAAUGUUGAAAGCAGAGAUGGUGGUUUUUUAUAUAGAUUGUUAGUGCUUGGUGAUUUUGAACAGUGGAAGUCUAGUGUGUGGCCCUUAUUUUAUCCAGUACUGAAUCACCUGCGUUUUCAAGGAGAGCUUUAUGAGAGUCUUGUGAAAUUUUUUAUUCCUAUUAAUACUACAGCUUAUAAAUCAAAUUUCUUCAAAUUUAUAUCAUCCCAAGAAGUUGGUGGGUAUCUAAAAGCUAUUGUAUUGCUUGAAACACGAAGAAAGGGAUUUUAUAUAGAAGAAUUUGAUGAAAGUUUGCUUCAUAUGACUAAUUCUGAUGUCUCAGUAAAAAUUGUAAGUACUUACCAUAAGAAAACUAUGCUUCCAAGGCCGGUGGAACUACAGGUAGUUAAGAACUACCUAGAACUGAGUCCAUCCCCUAGUUUAGAUGUUAAAUCAGUCUCCAGAUUUUUAUCCCAAAUUUUUUUGGUGAGUCACCGACUUCUGUUGGAUAAUAAUGAUAAUGACAGUCUCCAACUGAUCGAUUGUUAUAAGAAAUUUUUGGAUGAUAUAUUCACUUUUUGCUUGAGUGUAUUAAAUACGAGCCUGUGCGACGUUGGGGCCCAGUUGUUGAUGAUUAUUUGGGGAAUAGCUGCUGGAUCAUCAGACGCGUUAAGCUUAGGGUAUAAAUUAGAUGAAACGUUUUUUUAUCCAGCUACAGGAAAUAAGUUAUUUCAAUCUAUUAAAGGUUGGACAAUGUAUUGCGAGAGAGUGAGGCUUUCUGUGAAGUCUUCUUUGAAAGAACGACCCAACUGCCAUUUGGGUAAAUUGAUUGCCAACAGAUGUUAUGGCAUUGAAAUAGAUGCUUAUAACAUUGAGUUCUUAUUUACUUUUAUAAAAAACGUGGAAAAUCCAUCAAUUGAAAGUGCUGAUAUCUUAAGAAGUUACGCUCACAUUGUUUCGAGAAAUUAUUCUUGUAGCAGUGCUGAAACGAUCAAUUCGCUGACACAAAAAGUUCGAGAAAAUUUUGCUAAACCAUACAGUGAUACCGUCGUUUUUGAAAUCGUGCUGCUGUUCGAAGUAUUGUCUGAAGUAUCCGGGCAUGAUUUGACAAACGCAUGCCUUUCGUACAGUAUUUGGGAAGAUUCUUUGGUCAGAAUAUGCGAAAACCUCGAGCGUCCCGCCUCGGCCUCGCACGAUGUGAUCGUUUCACACAAAUCGCAAAAAAUCAAAGAAGCGCUUAUCAAUGUAAUCUUGCAGUUUAUGUUGCGUGUUAGGUACUUUCCCCAAUUCUGCAACAAGGAAAAGAUUUUUAGGUGCUUGUGUGCGAUAAUCGAGACUAGUAAUAUGAAAAGACCGACGGUUUUAUCGGCGGAGCUCAUUAAUGCGUUGGCCAGCAGCAUGGACGGAACUGAAACCGAUAAAAAUUUGAAAAUUACAUUUUUAGAUCGCGCCUUGCGAAAUAUCGCGCAGGCGCGCUCGACGCAGAUCCUGUCGAUUAGAAAAAAUCCCGCAGCUCGAUUGCCCGUGCACGCCCUGUGUGUGUCCGACCGACGUCCUGGAAAACCUCUACUUUCGUGGACGGUAAACCAGCUGCUGGACAUACUAUCCGAUCCGAAUUCCUCCCACUCAUCGAUAGCUUCGGCCCUUUACUGCGCAGAGGUUUUGAUUUCUGACAACACCAUGUAUAAUUCGACGUUGCCGCAUAUCCCCGACUUUAUUUCGCAUUGCGUUCACCUCUUUCUGAAGCCCAGCUGGACCGUUAGGAACGCCGACUUGCAACUGACCAAAGCGCUGAUCGACAGGUUCUAUGGUGUAGUGAUCGGUUCGAGUUUGAGACCGAAAACAAUCGAACAUCUCUUGUUACUAUUUCCGCAGUUGGCGUCGCGUUUCUGUAACGUUUUGAGCGGUAGUUUGACGGAUAGCUGCCUUAUAGUGAUGGAGUUUAUUUCCGAAGCUCAUAUUCGAAAGCCGCUAUUCGAGAACUCAUUUUUCGAAUUAACUAGAGGGUUCCUAUUGCGUGCGUUGUUUACGAUUAUCGAGACGAAUUCGCACGAUUACGGAUUAAUGGCUGUCAAAGCGUACGCCGCCCUCUGUCGGGAAGACGACGUACCUUCGGUUUUCUGCGGCACCGUCGAGUAUUUAAUAGAAAAUUUGCUUUUAAUCAGGAGCCAAAGAACGCUGAGGAAUUUUUUGUAUCUUUUGCAAGGACUGUACGAGAAAUCGCGCCACAAGAAACGAAUGAACUCGCGCUACAGGAAGCUGACAGUAGUAGCUCGAGACCACUUGGAUUCUCGUUACGUUUCUUUUCUCUCGUUCAAAUCCAGCACUCUUGAUGAAAUUGAGACUUCUGUGGACAGAAUUGACAGUUCGAAGUACGACAGUCGAAUUUGGCAGAACAACUAUUUGCCGUAUUGGUUGAACAACGCCGAAGAUGAAAUGCUAGGUUAUGUUUUGCAAAAAAUGUUGCGCUCUCGCGUAUCGGAUUGCGUGCAAUCGAAAUUGUUAAGCGUGUUGGUCGCCAAGUACAGUAAAAGUUGUAUAAACGAUCAAGUCUGGCGCUACGUAGCGUCCGCUUUGGUUUCCAAAGUGGUUGAGGUCGAUGACAGUAACAUUUAUUUACUUUUAUGUUAUCUGAAAGUCGUAUUGUUGCUCAAAGCAUACGUUACGGAAAUUUCCGACGAUUUAUUAAAUAAUAUAAGGUUUAGCUACGAGAGUGUGAAUCAUCAUUACAAAAGUUUUGUAUACGUCAUCGCUCUGGCGAGUAGGCGUGGUCUUAGCAUCUCAGAUCAGCGUUUUAUAAAAUUGUCGAUCAAGCGCUUGAAGAACCUGAACUUCGACGACGAAGAAGUGUCGGAAUUAACGUCGGAAAUAUUGCCCAGCUUAUACAAAUGCACUUGGUGCAGUUGCACGCGACUCGAAGUCCACAAAAUGGCGUUACUUUUAUUGCUGCGCCACGGACUGACCGACUUUAUAGACUUCACGUCAGGGUCGAAACAGCGCAGCGCCGUGGAGGCUGCGGCCACUCUUCUGAGCUGCAAAAAUUUGCUAAAAUGUUUGGGCUGCCGAUUUGAGGUGCUCAAGUUUACCGAAUUCGUUUGGAAUUAUACGUCACUACCUAAUAGUGGGAGGAGUCGGAAGAGUAACAGUUACUUUACGAGUCGGAAUGAGACUCACGUAGACGAAAAAUUGAUUCACAAAAUGGUUUUUAAAUUAUGCGUUGACCUAAAAUCUUUAAAUAAGUAAAAAAUUUAUUAAAGAAAGGUUUAUUCCUUUACUCCAUUCCCCUUCAACUUUGUACAUUUUAUUAUUAUUUAGUAUUUAUUAUAAACAAUGAAUUUUGAUUGUUAAAUGCGGGUUCUCGAGGUAAUCAGUUUAAUUUGCAAAAUACAGGGUGUUUACAAAUUCACGCGAAAUAUUUGGUUUCUUCAACAAAGGCACUUUAUUGAUUUUCCCUAAUAUCUACUACUAUGGAAGAAUAACGCAUUCAGCUUGGCUUUUCUUAACUAAUAACUCGUCACGAAUGAAGAAGAUUACUAAGGUUACGAGAAAAAAUGUGGUACCCUCGCAGAGAAUAGAUUGAUAUGAUAUAAAAGGUUUUCUGCAGCUAGUACUGUCUCUCUUUCAUUAACCAAGUCUUUCAUCUAUGUCGAUCUUCCCAGUGUGUGUCUUCCAGUCCUCUUUUGUUCAUGACCUCGUUCACCUUUGUUCUUCUUAUUUCUUCGUUGCUUAUUAUAUCUUGAUCAUCCAUAUUUCUGAGGUUGAUGGUGAUGUUAAUAUAUUAUUAUAUUAUGUAGCACGUAUUUAAUGCACGAUCUUGUUUGUCCGGGUCUGAUCUGUAAUUCUUCUUGUGUUGAUGCAUUCUUUGAUAUUAUGAAUCGAAGAUACUUAAAUUUCUCGGUUCAUCUGAGUUCUAUGUUUUCUUCUAUUUCUAGGUUCUAAUUUCUUCUGUUAUUCUGUUUUUUUUUAAGUUUUUCUCCAGGCUCACUCUUCCGGAUUCUUUGUCAAGAUUGCUGGUAAACCUAUUUUUGUCACUCUUGGGGGCUGUGUCGUAUGCCUUCUUGAGAUCAAUAAAUGUCAAAUGCAUCUGUUCUCUGCCCAUGUUCCCUUCUAUAUUUUUUCUAGCUUGUUUCUUAGUACCCCCGCCAUAUAGUCUUCCCAUUGUCCCAAUAUUCCUUUAUAAUUCUCGAAAUCCUUUCUAUAUAUAGAAAGGAUAGAUUUAUAUAUUGACCUUAAAUCUCUCCAUAAAAAUGUAAACUCUUUCAGCGCCGGCUUGAUUAAAAAGAAUGUUUGUUGCCGUCACGCGGGUUUAAUUAAUUUUAUAGCAGUUUAAUUGCAAUUAUGAUUAAUGUGGCGUCACAUACAAUAUGAGUCACGCGUUGAUGUAUUAAAAGAAUGUUAUUUCCUUUAAAUUGAACGUUAUUCC